AUGUCUUUUACAAGUAAGUUAAGUGCUUGCUUCUCCCUUCCUCUCCCCGGUCACAGACACGAUGUUGGCUUUGGAGGGGACAAGACUGACUGGGUGAUGCACGAGUACCGGCUGACAGAGGAUGCGCCUGAAGUUGGACCAGCUGCCACAGACAAGGCACCUGCUGUAACUGUAUCAGCCAGAUCGGAUCCAGAAGCAGCUGCUGCAUACGCACCUGCUACGCAUGAAAGCAUCACAGCUGGUGUUGAUGCAGCAAGUGGUGCUGAUAAAGACAGAAACAGCAGCAGAAAAGGUGAAGCGACCAACCCAUACACCAGGGGUACGGGUGGUGCAGCUGGUGGUUUGGCCAGCAGCACCAGCAGCCCCGAAGCCAACAGCCCAGAGCUUCAUCUGUUUUUUGAAAAUUCUCAAAAAACAGAUCCAGCGACUAACCCAGACACCAGAUUUACGGUUGGUGCAGCUGGUGGUUUGGCCGGCAGCAGCAGCAGCAGCAGCCCCGAAGGCAACAUCCCAGAGCUUCAAGCUGGCAUUGGUCAAAGGAUUGACGCAGCGUCGUGGGUGGUUGUGCGGGUGCUCAAGCGAAGCUCCCUGACAGCUGAGGAGCAAGCAAUGGUGGCACAGCAGGGGAUGGCAGCACAGCAGAGGAUGGCAGCACAGCAGGGGAUGGCAGCACAACAGGGGAUGGCAGCACAGCAGGGGAUGGCAGUACAGCAACAGGGAGGGCUGCCUAUACUGGGUGUGAAUCCGUGGCUCUUAGUGCAGAAAGGGAGCGGAGCAGAGCAGCAUCCAGGUGACGCUGGGGGGCCUGGGAGCACAGGUUUGGCUGGUAGUGAAGGUGGUGCUACUGGCUCAGGUGGACUGCCUUUACAAGCUGUGAAUCCGUGCCUCUUAGCGCAGAAAAGGAGCGGAGCAGAGAAGCUACCAGGUGACACUGGGGGGGCUGGGAGCACAGGUGGUGCUAGAGGCUCAAGUGGCGCUAGUGGUUCAGCUGGUGCGAGGGGCUCAGGUGGUGCUGGUGGCUCAAAACAGGUGAAUAAUGAGCAGGGACAUGAUAGGGGAGUUAGAGGAAUGGCAGGGGAAGGGCGUUUGGUGCUUCAGCAUGAGUUGUACGCAGGAUGUACCGGUGGUGUGGGAGGUGGUGAGGUGGCAAGGGCUUGUGGAACUGCAUAUAGGAAGGGAGGCCUGGGACCAGCCGAUGAGUUCCCUGAGGGUGUUAAUGUGCAUGCCGUGACUUUCAGGGGUGAUUCACCCUCAGACAACUCAAAAGGACACCAGUCAGUCAGUCACUUGCUGAACUCCUCGUGCGAGAUGCCUGUAGAUAUGCCGCGCAGCAGUGCAGCGAGCCGAGCGACAGCGGUGAUUCUAGAGUCGACUCAAACGUCGGCGGAGGAGGAAAAGGCAGCAAUAGCUCCGGUGGUAGCGGCAACAGGAGAAGCAGCGGGAGCCGCAGAAGCACCAGUAGUGAUGGAGGUAGCGGGAACAGGAGGAGCAGUGGGAGCAGCCGUGGGAGCAGCAAGGGGAGCUGGUAACCUCUCUGCACAUCUAGCGAUGCUCACAUUGAAGUUGAACCAAAGGUGGAGCCUGUCGGAGUAUGGCCGACGCUGCAAGUCGGUAUGUGCACAGGGGAGGAGCACCCAACUGGUAGUGCUGGCUCAGAUGAGGUGGGCAACAGAGCAGCAGGUGAAGGGAUCCGUCAGAAGGAUAUGCACCUACUGGCGGAUCUUCUCAGAUAUCUCUUAG